UUUGACCUGCAUUUUGUGGAACAGGCAAAAGAAGAAUGAUGGGUUUUGGUUCUUUCGGUCACGGGAGUUCAGCAUCAUCGUCAAACUUGUCGCCCUUAGCACAGCCUUUCACUGUUGAUCGAUCCCUUCCCAAACCCAACCUAAACCCACUCGUACCUUUAGGUGAGGACCCUUACUCAUAUUCCUAUCGGCCUGCUUUCGACAAUUGGCUCCAUUUGCACCCUCAUACUUCCCUACCCGAUUCAUUUUCCAGUCCUAAUUCCUAUUCUGAGUCAGACUCAAUCCAUGUCCCCAAUCUGUCCCGCGUGAGCAAUCAUGGGCACUAUGGUUCUCAGUCUAUCACCUCAUUUGGUACACAUAUGAAGCCCAAGACUGCAACUUCUUCUGUUGUUUCUUUCCCUUAUGAUCAGCAGCAAUCAGAUAGCAUAAGAACUACUUUUGUUGAAGCAAAGCCAUAUUAUCCCCAGUACCCAUCAGCAGCUAUUCAUGAUGAGACUUCCCCUGUAGUACUCAAUGAGUCUGCUUGUGAUAUGUUAUCAGUUUCUAAUUUUGCUCCUUUAGAUGAGAAUUAUCAUACCGGUUACACUGGAAGCUUUUCUGUGGGCUACAUGGAUCAGUGGAGUGGCUUUUGUGACGGUCUGCCUGAUGAGGAGCAGGGUAGAAGGAAGGGCCUUGAUGGAAAUUCGUUCGUCAGCGGGAACCAUGGAACCGUUUCAAUAACUGAGAAAAGUUUUCUGAAGCAAGGGACUCUGGCUUCUGAAGGCUUGACUGCAAAAAGUGUUGACAUUUCUGCGUGGAAAAGUUCAAGUGGAUUGAGAGGUACAGGAUGGAUAGAUGAUAGAUGUUCACUACUGUCAGAAGGUACUGCUAGAGUAUCUCCUGACUUUUCAAGACCAGGAGUCUUGGGUCCUGCUUCAAUGCUUCAAGAAGCCCAUUUCCCUGAAGAACCAUCUCCAGCUUCAGACAUGAAAACCUGGAGUAGCCUUUUUCCUGAUACUGCUUCAUAUGAGAGAUGCUUCACACAACUUGAUUCAUGUACAACUGAUCCCGUGGUUUCGUAUGUGCCUGUAACAAAUUCUAACCCAACCCUACUCUUUGGAGCAAGGGCCGAUGGAACAAAUGCUUCAGCUCUGCUGACAAGUCCAUCAAGAAAUGUGAAUUUCAAUCAGCAGCCUGGGGAUGUAUUUGACAAUGAUGAAUCUGCUGGGGGUAUUACCUCCAACAUAAAAGAGCCUUUCAUCCAGACAAGUUCCAAAGGCAAAGAAGCUUAUGGUCAUACAUGUGUUGGUAUAAAUGAUUAUGUUGUCGUUGAUUCUUUUCCAUUAAAAAACAAUGCGCCAUAUAAACAGAAACAUCUUGUUGUUGAUUCCAUAGAACUGUUAAAGGGAAACUCGGAAUUCCAAGCCAAUCAUUUCAAACUCUCGGAUUCUUGCAAUAUAGUAUCUGGAGGUGCUGGAACAGCUGAUUUUGCUAACAGGUCUUCAGAAACAUUUGAUCAGUUUAACCCUGCUGUGGAUUCCCCCUGUUGGAAAGGUGCUCUAUCAUCUCAUCAAUCUCCAUUUGGGGUUGCUGUAGUGAUGUCUCCAUAUCUUCCCGUAAAGGAUUUUGAAUGUUGUAAUAGUUCAAAUCUUGAAGGAUCUCGUACUCUUGCUGUCAAUGCUGAUGAAGCUGUAGCUGUUUCCUCGCAAAAGGAAGGAGGGGACCUGGUACCCGAUGAAAAAGCACAUGGUAAAGAUUGUUUAUCAUCCUUGUCUAAGGGAUUGUCAUCAGUGGAUAAUUUUCCAUUUGUGGAAGAUGGAUUAAAAGAUUCUGUCAAGGCAGCACCAUAUCAUUCAAAAGUGAACAUUGAGAGUGAGAUACUAUGUUCUGAUGGCAUUCAAGAACUGACUCAACCAAGAAAAGAACAUGGACCGUCGAUCUACUCAAAAAGAAUUUCUGAACUCAAACCACCUCACAUGAAGCAAAUUAGUCAUUGGAAUAACAUUACAUCGGCAGAACUUUCUACCUCAGAGGCAACAGUUGUAAAUUUUGGGAUGGAUACCAAGGAUCCGGCACAGGAUGGGUCAUCUUGUGUGCAAUUCCAUGCUGUGGAACAUGCCUCAAGUUUACCUUUCUUUGCAGCUAGUGUUCCUGUUGGGCUUGCUAAACUAGUUGAUGGAGCAUCUGACACUGAAACUGAGUAUCCAGUUGCAAAAAGCAAUAUUUGGCUGCUGGUUAAUGCUAUGUAUAACUUGUCAGAAUUGCUUCUUUCUAGUUGUUUUAGAGAUGUAGAGGCAUUGAAGGAACAAGAUCAUGAGGUUCUUCGACACAUAAUCAACAAUCUUGAUGCAUGUCUCUCAAAGAAGGUUGGAUUAAUGAGACCACCGAUGCCCCAAUUACAAUUUCCGGAGUCAAGCACUUCCUGCCUUAGAAAGCUAACUGAUCCUCAAAAGGUCUCUGGGACAUGCAGGUCCCAGGUCAAUAGUGUAGAGGCAGUCAAUGUACUUAGUCAACAUGGCCUCGAGGGGAAAACGCAUUCUACUGUUUCUAGCAAGCAAGGUAAUAAAUUGGAGGAUUUUGUUUCCAUGGAAGAUGAGACAGGCAUUGAGAUAGAUAAUGACAUGACCCAGGCUAUUAAGAAAAUUAUGAAGGAGAAAUUGGGCAAUGAAGAAACACAUCCGCAAACAAUAUUAUUUAAGAAUCUAUGGCUCGAGGCAGAAGCUGCGUUGUGUUCUAUCAAAUAUAAAGCCCGCUAUGUCCGCUUGAAAAGAGAGAUGGAGAAAUCCAACAGAGACCAAGAGAAAGGAAAAUCUAUUGAUACUGGGGUACAUUUGAACCCUGAGGUUUCUCGUGAUCCAAGGGUUGAUGACAUGUUGAUACAGAAGAUGGAGAGUGCAGGUGCAGUUCCAGAUAAAGUGACCCAGGAGACUCCAACAGGUAUUGAUGUUCAGGUCGAGGACAUUGAAACUUCUGUUACCAAUAAGGCUGAGGACAUUGAGGCUUUUGUUGUCAGUAACACUGAGGACAUUGAAGCUUCUGCUGUCAGUAAGGCUGAGGACAUCGAAGCUUCUGUUAUGGCCAGAUUUCAUAUUCUGAAGUGCCGGGUUAACAGCUGUAGUUCAAUGAAUAAAAGGCAUCUGCUAGAUUCAAAUGGCAUUGGAGCCCAUGGAGGAAAAGUGGAGACAAUGUCUAGCCAAUGUCACAGUGGAAUACAAAAUAUUAAGACGAAGACCCAACCAAUAAAGGUAGUUGAUGUGGGUUUUUCAGAGAGGCGAAAGCCUUGGCCAUUUAUAAGAAACAGAUCAGAAGAUGGAUCUUUGGAAGUGACAAUUAGACCGGACAUGCAGUAUGACGGAACAAGUUGCAGUGAACAGAUAAUUGGAUUGGAUUCAGAUGUUCCUGAGCAGCAAGACACAAUGAAAGAGUUUGGGGUUUGUAUGUAUGAUGAGCUGGUCAAUGCUCUUAUAUCAAACAGGGAUGGGAAUCAGUUCCCAGGUGGUGGAUUUGAUAGCCCAUCGUCUGAUUGGGAACAUGUAUUGAACGAGGAGCUUAAGUGGCAAAACUGACGGCCAAACCUCAAACAAAUGUUUAAAACAAAAAAAAGA